ACUGAAAAGCAGCCAAAAUAAAUUGUUCAAUUCCCAUAUUCUCCACCACCAAUCCAUCAUAUUCUGAUGUUUAUCAAUUUAAUUUUGGAUGAAAAAUGACAUACAGUAUAUAAAUACAAAGCUAAAGUGGCGCAAACAUCAACAUUUUCCUUUCUGGAAAAAUCAGUGCUUCCAAAAGAGCUUCAUCACCACCAAAAACAAGCUCGCUUUUCAAUUUGAUUUCUGUGCCGCCUAACAUUCUCUCUCCUUCGAUAUGAUAGCAGCAGCAACUGUUUCUAAUUCUUGUUCCAGAUAUGAGAAUGAAGAAAAUCAUUGACAGUUUCUUGUCUGAGCAGAGAAGGAAGAAAUCUUUCUACGCUUUGAUUUCUCUUCUCUCUCUCUGCCUCCUAGCCUACAACAGCGCCUCCAUUUUCUGCACACAAGUCCCCAUCUCCCCUAAAACCCCGCCGGAGCCCGCCAUCUUCUUGCCCGAAAAUGUCGCCGGCAAAUCAAGAAAGUUCUUCUCCAUCCCCUCCUCGGAUAACCUGCCGCCUUUGAAAGCCCAUUUGCCCCUUUUGCACAAGAAUCAUAAUUUCUUGCUCUCCACUAAAACAAUCGAUCCAAAGAGGAGAACAAGGCGUAAAUUUGCAAAGGUGAAGCCUUUCCAAGUUAGAGUGAAACAGUUUUUCAACAAGAAUUCAUCACAUUCUUGCUGCGAGUCUCGCUUUUUCAUGACUUGGAUCUCAUCGGCUGAGUCCUUUGGAGAGAGAGAGAUGUUUGCCAUAACCAGUUUGUUCAAGACGCAUCCAAAUGGAUGCUUGGUCAUAGCUUCGGAAUCGCUCGAUUCAAGAAUUGGGAGGCAAAUCUUGAAACCCUUGUUGAACGAGGGCUUUAGAUUAACCUCAAUUUCGCCAGAUUUCGACUAUCUGUUCAAGGGCACUCCAGCAGAGCUGUGGUACAACCAGUUGAUGCAGGGAAAUGUGAAUCCUGGUGAGGUUGCAUUAGGGCAGAAUCUCUCCAAUUUGCUUAGGUUGGGAUUGCUGUAUAGAUUUGGUGGGAUUUACUUGGACACUGAUGUGAUAAUGCUCAAGAGUUUAGGGAGUUUGAGAAAUGUGAUUGGUGCUCAAACUGCUGAUCUUGAAUCAGGAAACUGGAGCAGAUUGAACAAUGCUGUGAUGAUCUUUGAUGAGGGGCAUCCACUUGUGUUCAAGUUCAUCCAAGAAUUUGCACUCACCUUUGAUGGGAACAAGUGGGGCCACAAUGGGCCCUACUUGGUGUCGAGAGUGGUGUCGAGGGUGGGUGGCCGGCCGGGGUACAACUUCACGGUGCUGCCGCCCAUGGCGUUCUACCCCGUGGAUUGGAGUAAGGUCCGGGGCCUGUUUGAAGGGCCCCGGAGCCUCAGCCACUCCAAGUGGCUGCUCGCGAAGCUCAAGCAGAUUCGGAGCCAGAGCUUCGCGGUGCAUCUUUGGAAUAAGCACAGCAGAGGGUUUGAAGUUGAGAAGGGGAGUGUCAUCCAACACCUCAUGUUUGGUUAUGGUGUUGAGUGAAGGUUUACAUUUUUGGAACUAGAUUUUUUUUUUUAGGUGGUGUUUUCUGGAUUAUCUCAAUCCAGGCAUGUGGAAGGAACUACUAUAUGAAUUGGAAAGUUUAAGAAGUUAUAGUUUUUUCUUUUUUAUUAUUAUUUUGUGGAGGAAUUGUAGAUCAGUAGUUACAAGUGACAUAUAGGUGUUCUUGUGUUGUGUGUGUGUGUUGGUCUGAAUUUGAAAUGCAAAUUUCUCAGAGCAGUUGAUAGAUGAUUUUGUGUUGCAAUAUUGAGUUACUCAUGCACACUGUGAUUGUAUUUGAAUAAAAGAGAAAAUUUGAAAGUUGUUUGAUGGAGAUUUGAAAA